CAAGACUAUAGAGUUUUGGGCAAUUCUGACGGCACAAUCAAGCCAGCAAGACUAAGCGUGAGAGAGGCUAUGGAACGGCCUAACGGUAGGAAGAUCGUGCUGAGGUUCAACAGGGCAAAGCAAGCAAUUGGAGACGAAGCUGGACUGUUGAGUGGCGUGCUUGGUCUGUUGGGAACUGACUAUGGAAAAUUUCCUACCUGUGAAAGAAGUUGGCGUAAGAUUACCACUAAAGACAAGGUUUACAACGAAUGCAUCAAGCAAAUUUUCCACUUUGAUGAAGAUAUUGAAGGAACUAUCAAGAAAAAUAUUUUGAAAAGUAUGGGGAAGUCUUGGAAGGAAAGAAUGCUGAAUGUUCUGUUAGUAUUUUUUUAA